AUGUCUGACAUAUUAUCUAAACCACAAAAUAUCCAACUUGAGGCCACUCCUGUAGAUCUAUCUCCUUUAGAUAUACCACAUUAUAAGGAUAUUUGUGCUUUUACGAUUGAUAACGUAUGUACUCCUGAGGAAUGUGCCGCUCUCAUCAAACUUUCUGAAGAAGGAGGUUAUGAACCAGCAUUAGUAAAUGUUGGUGGUGGUCAUCAGGAAUUAAUGACAAAUGUAAGAAAUAAUGCACGUUAUAUUAGAGAUGAUUUUAAACUUGUUUCAGAUUUAUGGUCAAGAAUAUCAAAAUUUAUUCCAACUACAUGGGGAAAAGAUAAAUUUCCUGUUGUUGGAUUAAAUGAAAGAUUAAGAUUUCUUAGAUAUGAUCCUGGUGAACUUUUUAAACCACAUCAAGAUGGAUCUUUUCAAAGACCUAAUGGUUCAGAAACUACUUAUGUAACUGUACAAUUAUAUUUAAAUGAAGAAGGAUUAGAAGGUGGUGAAACUUCAUUUUUAAAUUUUACAGGAGAUAAAGUAAAAGUUACUCCAAAAACAGGAAUGGUAUUAGUUUUUGAACAUCUUUUAUUUCAUGAAGGUUCUGAAGUUUUAAAAGGAAGGAAAUAUGUUAUACGAACUGAUGUUUUUUAUAAAACUGAUAAAUAUCGAAGAUUAACUUAA